ACAUUGGAAUUUCACCAAAGAAUAUCACGCUACUCAAAUCAUACAAAUUGGUCAAACAUUCGAUAACGAUAAUGCACAAGUAUCGGUAUCAUUUGAAAAUAAGAUUAAGCUUGAUAAAAUUUUAAAUAGAGCUACUACACAAGAACGUGUUUUAACACGUGAAAUUAAAUUUUUAAAAGAAUUGUUUGGAGAAAGUCAAAAUAAAAUGUAG